AUGAUAAUUAGACAACUAAAAUGGAACGAACGUGGACUCAAUGUAAACGACGAAAAUCUGAGUCAUCUCCGUUUUGUAGGCGAUCUAAUAGUGUUCUCCGAAUCUCCUAAAACAUUACAACAUAUGCUACAACAGGUAUCAGACCGGAGUGAAGUAGCGGGGCUAGCAAUGAACCUCGCGAAAACAAAAGUUAUGAAUAACUCACCGAAGCCACGAAAUUUUGCACAUAAAACAAACGUCUGCCAGAAUAGUAUAGAGAGGAGUGCGAUUGGAAUCAAGAGAAAAGGUAAAGUUAGACUAACAGAUAAAAAAGAAAACACAAUUUACUCAGGCCUAUUCAUUAUAUCGAACACAGAAAUGGCGAUGGACAGGACACAUGGUAAGGGAGAACAAGGGAAGUGGACGAAAAUUGUAACAGAGUUGUACCCAAGAGAUGUUAAAAGAAACAAAGGACGACGAACUAAAAGAUGGGAGGAUGACAUUAAAAAAGAGGCUGGUCCAGAAUGGAUCCGAGUAGCAAAAGACACAAAGAUAUGGAAAUCUUUAGAGGAGCCCUUUGUCGAAAAACAAGCUGUUUUUAAGCCGAACGCCGAUACGCGCAUUUAA